ACUCAAUCUUGACAGCUUACAUAUGGCCCUCCUGGUCCACUACCGUUGUCGCCGACGGAUCGCCGCUCCCUGAGACAGAUCAUUGAUUGGAGCGGAGAAGCUCCGCAGCGCACGAUAUCUAACUCGCUGAUCCCUCCGCAAUUCCACCGGCGUCCUUCCAUUCCCAUUGCUGCCAGUCGCUUCGUGGUCGAGAACGCUGCAUGGCACGCAAGGCUAACUAUCAGAGGGUCAGCUAUGUGCUCCCUCUCCCUGAUGCCCCCGGCGGUCAUCGACUAGGUGUGAACAGUCUAGCUGUUGAUUCAGAGAACUCGGUCCUGUAUUCCGCUGGCCGUGAUGGAGUCGUGUGUUCUUGGAAUCUGCAUCUUCCCCAUCUCUCCUCUGCACCUCUGCGCGGCCCAAGCGCCUGGAACAAGGCCAGUCCGACUACCUUUCGAUCUCAGAUCCAAGCCCACAGUCAUUGGGUCAACGACAUAGUCCUCACUCAGGACAACUCUGCCCUCGUUUCGGCAUCGUCAGAUACUACAGUCAGACUAUGGAGGCCAUACUCUGAAUCCGCGGAGGUUCCAGCCUCUAUCGGAAAACAUGCAGACUAUGUCAAGACACUAGCGACACCUGGUAACCAUUCCAAUUGGGUCGCGUCGGGUGGUUUGGAUCACAAGCUCUGCCUCUGGGAUAUCAAUGGCGGAGGGGAGAUAUUGAAUAUUAAUAACUGUUCUGAUGGACGGACAGAAAAGGGUUCCAUCUACGCCUUGGGUGCUGUCUCGUCGGUCCUAGCUAGCGGCGGGCCAGAGAGCGUGGUAAGGGUGUGGGAUCCGAAAUCCGGGAAGCUUAUCACCAAGUUUGUCGGUCAUACAGAUAAUAUUCGGGACAUUCUAAUAAAUCGCGAUGGGGACACGAUCAUGACUGCAUCUUCGGACCAAACAGUUAAGAUCUGGUCCCUGACGGCGGGAAGAUGCAUGCAUACGUUGACAAUGCAUAAUGACAGCGUUUGGUCUCUUUAUUCGAACCACCCGCAGCUGUCCGUCUUUUACUCUAGUGAUCGGUCCGGUCUUGUCGCCAAGACAGAUACGAGACGCUGUUCGGAUAUCGAGCAAGGGAUCUCCGUUGCGGCGCUCCAAGAACACGAAGGUGUCUUCAAGGUGGUAGCGGCUGGCAACCAUAUCUGGACGGCGACCCCCAAGUCCAGCAUAAACCGCUGGAGUGAUAUUGACACCACCCUUCCAAUUGGGUCGCCUUCCGAGAAAGAUGCCCGGAGUCAUGCAUCUCCCUCCGAAUCGACCCGCAAAUCCUCGAAGAAGGAAAUCCCAUACCACUCUGUGCUUCCGUUACUGAGCACAGCCACUUUUCCAAACUCCCGCGCUGCGGAGAACACGGCAUCACGCCGUGUUACCAACGGUCAUCCACAUACACCUGGGACGGAUAAUGAUGAUGAGUUAGGUCUUACAGUCCCUGUCGAGUCGUCGCCUGAGGAGACAGUCGAAGGCCAACAUGGAUUGGUCAAGAGCCUGAUGCUUAAUGACAGGCGACGAACACUGACGCAGGACUCGGCUGGUGAAGUUGCUCUGUGGGAUCUUCUUAAAUGUGUUCCAGUCAAGUCGUUUGGGAAGCGCCAUAUAGACGAUGUCGCAUCGGAGAUCAACACUAUGGAGAGCGUCGCGCACUGGUGUAGAAUCGAUAUUCGUACAGGAAGACUCUCCGUCAUUCUUGAAGUUAACCGUUGCUUUGACGCUGAAGUAUAUGUAGACGAAACGGAUGUACCUGACAAAUCUCGAUUUAGGGAAGAUCAAAGAAUCAACCUUGGGAAAUGGAUUCUCCGUUGGCUUUUUGCUCCCUUAGUGGAGGAGGAACUGAAACGCGAUUUCGACUAUCGCAAAUCAGCCAUGGCCAAACAGGAGGGGGCAAAGCUGACUCUUUCUGAUCUUUGGUCGUCGAACAAUCUGUCCUCAGCGCCAGAACGGCCGGUAGGCUUGGCCAUACCAAUGCCGCAUAAUCGUUCUGGAGCGACCCUUCGCCCAAGUUUCGACGCGUACAGCCCUACCACUCCAGGGUUUGGUAUUGGGCUUGCCACCCCCGGGGGUCUGGGGUCUUCGUUGAACACUAACACCGGUAUGUCCGCCGUUACCGUCGAGGAUGGGAAGUCGGAGUUGUCAUCGUCCCUGCAGGCCCCCGAACAGACGACGACGUCCUUUUCGGACAAAGUCAACGAUUACUUCACUUCGAAGCCCAUAGCUGCGGACGGAGAGAAAGGUCCCGCAACUCCUGGAGGGGAGGCGCCUGCAACUCCUACGGAGCCUGACAAGGAAGAGAAGAGGAAAGGUUCUUUAUUUGGGAAAAAGUUCCGAAUGGAUUUUCCUAAGAAACUGGGACGCACGUCAACCGAAGUUGGCAAGCCGCCAGUACAACCGGAAGAAAAGGUCGUCGAAGGAUCAGACAAAUCCUCGAUCAAGGAGAAAGUGUAUGAACAGAAUCUCAGUGGAUUCAUUGAGAAGGUCCGUCAUGAGUAUGAUGAGUUCCUUGCUGCUAAUCCGGGUCAUGAGCUGGUAUCUGCGUUGAUACCGAGCACCGAGAUUGAGACCCCUUUUCUCUCGAUUCCGCCUCGCACGACGAUUUAUGUUCAAGAAGAGGCCGUAGACUCUGCGGUAGCCUACGAUCUUUAUGGUGGCAGCGUAAACGAUCUGCGGGCUGAGGCUGACAAGCUUGAAAAAUCAAUACCUCCCUGGCUUGCAGAACUUCUAUUUAAGGAUCAAAUUCCUUUCAAGGAUCCAACCAAACUCGCGUUCACAUUGAAGCCAUAUGAUGAUCUUCUACCAAAUGUAGUUAAGACAGAUGGCACCAGCUCUCGCUUGAAUGCCAACCACAUGCUCCGCGCAAAGAAAAUUCUCGCAUACGUGGCUGAACACAUUGAUUCGCCAAAUCCUGAUGAGCCAGAGGAGGAUAAAAUGCAACCAGAGGAAUACUUGGAGCUUUAUUGUCAGAAGACUCUGAUCCCCCCCAAUAUGACACUGGCCACUAUCCGAACGCACAUUUGGCGAUCGUCAGGAGACAUUGUCCUGUUUUACAAGGCUAAUGGGAAGAAGGAAAUACGCGUUCCCAAAUCCGCCAAGGACGAUGAGCAAGGCAGUCAGAGCGGAUCGAACAAACCUCCCGCAGGAGACGCAGGGAGCGUUCGGAACGGAGAGGCAGGGGGACUUACAGCAAGCAUCCAUUCCUCGAAUGCAUCCGUUUCGAAAACGCCAUCUGUUGGCUGAUCGUUGUUGACGUGACCUGAUUACUUUUUUCUCUUUUUGGAUAAUACCGUAUAUUGGGAUGUAUGGCACCGUACAUAUUUCUGUUGAUUUUCGCUCUUUGUACAUUUAUUCCACUCCUGGUAACAGGCGCAUAUAAGUAUAGAUCUUGGCUGGACAGUCAGGAUUGAUAUAUUUGCUUUGGUGUUAUCCUUUAUUCUGUUGAUGUAUCUCUCUCCCGCUUUCUGCCAAGACUCAGCUACCUUCAGUUCUUUUCAUAGAUAGUCUUCCUCGGACAUAACUGCAAUUCCAAUGACUUAUACUUCUCCCCACGCACGAAUGUAAAGAAAGGAAUGUCCAAUUCAUCCCAUCUUCUGCGCCAGUACAGCACUGCAGCACAAGCAAUAUCUCCGUCUCAAUUCCUGGACCACUUCCAACGCGGA